GCGCGUAUCCUCCGCAUCUUCUUCUUCUUCUUCUCACACUCUCUUCCAUCCAGCUCUGACGAUGGGAGGGCAGCGGGCCUCGUGAACAGGGAUGAGCAGGAAAAACCGGAAAAAGAAGACGGACGAACAAUGGACGGCGGAUGAGGAACGGAUGAAACGACACCCUCAAAACACCACCUGUCUCUAGCCCCAAGGAUACGCAACUCUGGUGAUCAUGAUAAGCGCCAUGCCAGCGGUGGCCGUCCGGCGGGGACGGAUGAAACAGCGAGCCGCAGCAGCUGCAGCUGCGGCACAGCAGAAUGGCUUCACCCCCACAUCAGCAGGAAGCCGACGGGGCAGCCUAUCGUCCCUCCCAUCGCCCUCCACACGGUCCUCCAGCCUUCUCUCGUCGCCGCUCUCCGCGCCGGGCAGCUACUACAACUAUUUCGCAAGCCAGAGCAGCCAACGGCAGCAGCAGCGACCUUCUUCCUCAGCCUCGUCCACGCCAUCAGCUGCAGCCGCAGCUCCCCCAGGUCCACCCUCGAGACGGCCUAGCGCCAGCGUCUCCACCAUCUCGAGCGCAGCCAGCAAUUACGUGAGCGCCCUGCACAAGGUCCGCGAGCGGCAACUCGAGACGCAGCGAGAGAGGGCGCGGUUCCUGGUCUACACGGGUUCGGUGCUGCUGGCCAGUGGGGCGGCGCUGGUCGUCAUCGGACUGGUGGCGAGGACGGGCGCCGCACAGACCGUGGGGCUUCUCUUUAUGUGCCUGGGAUCGGCUUUCUGCCUAGCGCGCGUCUUCUGCCUUGUUCCACGGGAGGAGCUGCCCCUAGUGAAGCGGGCCAGAACUGUAUCGGGCCAGUCCAUCUAUGUGCCGUCGUCUGCGCACCCCAGUGCGGCCACCACGCCUGGGACGGACGAUUCCUCCACCACAUCCUCCUACUACUUCUCCGCGGUGCCUCUGCAUCGCAUCCAGCAGCAACCGCAGUCGCCGGAGACGCCCACAAGCGCUACUGCCCCUCCGCCGCUGCAACCACCCCCACCGGUGGUGCCUGGGGUGCACGGGGCGGUGGGCAGCCACAGAAGCAAUCCCUCAAGCCUCUUGACUCCGAUGAGUCUUAACAGCAUUCCCGAAAUGCAGGUUUUGAUCACCGAUGACAGUCAAAGGUACUAAAAUCACAAUCGUGUGUCUUGGCGAAGCUCUCCCAUACAGCAGAACAGGCCACACGCUCGAUUACUUUUACCAAGUGCCAACUGGUUGCACCGACGCCAAACAAAAGAAAAGAAGCUUAUGCCUUAAACAGAACACGGUGCCAGACGUUCGAAAUCCACAAUGAAUCUUAUACUUUCGGUUGCACCAGAAAAAUCAUCGAGACAUCAGUUUCCUAAUCACUAGAAAUAUUUUUUCUUAGACAAAAAAAAAAAAAGUUUUAAAAAAAGAACCUUCAAGUCGUAGAAACUGCAGUUAAUAGUUUUUAAGGUCUGUGGCGACGUGGGUAGCUUUAUAUACUGACUAAUUUUACAAAUUUGAGAACAUUACUUAUUCUGUUCUGUCCUUAUAUUUCUUUCACUGGAUUACCAGUAAUGCUAGUUCAAAAACCUUUAAUUGCUACCUCAUAAUUUUCUAUCAACGUUUUCAGCUCAUCUUACGAAGCACUCUUAAAUGAGAUCAACAAUCUAAGUUCGAAAGGCUUUUAACUACAUAUUCUCCUAAUUAUUUGACGAGAAAAGAUGAGAAAAACGACAAAUAUUAUUUUAGAAUCCCAUUAAUUUCCUUUCUCCAUCAUGUUUAAGCUCUACUUUUUGUAUCAAACAUCGCAUCACUUUGCAUUUCCUGCAUUGCUCUUUCUUCUAAUUUUGGAGAUUUUAUAAAUAAUGAGUUAAUGGAAUAUUUUCAUUCAUUUGAUCCAUUAAUUACUACUGGAUCAGUUGACUUAUUUUUUAAGGACCAAAUCUUCUUUGAAUGUUAGCAAAUAGUUUAAAACUCUUUGAUGUUAGGUAAAGUAAAAUCAUUUGAUUAGUAUUUUGUUUCUUGGAUAGGAAUCUUGUACGCGUGAAAACAUGCAUGAAUACGUGAAGUAGUUACUGUUCUUAACACGUGAAAACAUGCAUGGACACGUGAAGUUAGUAUCAUCUUAAGUGCCGCGAGCUGAAGUCGCGAAUGCGAUGCAUUGAGGGACGACAAUAUAUUUAGUUAAUCGAACAAUGCAGUUGCAAAAAUAGAGAAAAUUAUGACGCUGUGUAGCAUUAAAAUUAUAUACGUUUUUUUAAAUUAGAAUACAGAAUGUUACUUUUCUGCUGAAUAUCAAACGUAACAAAGUUAAUUUUUAUGCGAAAUACAUAUCUUAUGUUAUAGUUUGUUACUUAUAAGAAACAAAAGAAAAAAAUUAAGAAUACGAGCUUAAGUAAUUUUAAAAUUAA